CUACCCCUUUGGCUUCCAGUACUACUGCGUGCAUAAGUUGAGCCGUGCUCUAUUUUCUGCUUUGACUUCCACCUUGCAAGUGAGUGCUCCAACCAUGGAGAACGGCGGCGAGCCGAGCAACAAGAAAUCGAGGUUGCAGGAGGAGCCCAUGGCGGCGGUGAAGCAGGAACGGCUAGAGAUGAAGGAGAGCCAAGGCGGCGCUGGCGCGCUGGCGACUGUGGAGGAAGCCAUGCAGGUUCCAUGGGUGGCCGCGGAGGUGAACCCACUCUUCUAUCUCUGCUUUGCAUGCCAACUUCCCCUCAGGCCUCCUGUGCACCAGUGCGAGGGCGGGCACAGGGUGUGCGGCAGGUGCCAUGGCGACCGCUGCACGGCGUGCGACCCGCCAGCGGCCUACAGCCCCUUCCCCUUCAUGGACGACGCGCUGGGCGCCGUGCAGCUGCCGUGCUGCUACAGGGCCGACGGCUGCGGGAGGAAGCUCAUGUACCACGAGGCCGCCGACCACGCGCUGCAGUGCGCCUUCGCGCCCUGCCACUGCCCGGGCCACGGCUGCAGCAUGUGGGCCUCCCCGCCGGCCCUCCUCGACCACAUCGCCGCCGCCCACUCCUGGCCCGUCACGGAGGUCGGUUACGGGAGCCCGUUCAGGAUCGCCGUGCCAACUCCGUGGCGCGGCGGCGGCACGCACCUCCUCGUCGAGCGGAACGACCCGCGCCUGUUCCUCGUGACCCUCUCCGAGUUCGGGGAGGCCACCGCUGUCACGGUGGUGUGCGUGCGGGAGGGCACGGCGGCGGCGGCGCCCCGCUUCAGGUCCACGGUCUGGGCUGAGGUUGCCAGCAACACGGAGGAAAAUUUGUUUCGUCGACUGUCCACGGUGCCGAGCAGCAGCGGCGGCGGCAAUCUUUCCGGUGGAGGGCCGCCGGUGUGCCUGCUGGUGCCACCGGACUUUGGGAGCGAGAACGAAGACCUCUUCCUCGGUGUUCGCAUCGACAAGCUCUGAUCCAUCGACGCCGCCAAGUUUCAUUAUAACCUUGUCUUAUAAGAAAGAUCCGUGGUACAAUCGUAAUCCAUCUGAACUGGCUUUAUAGUUUAUUAUCCUAAAAAUGAUCGAUCUCAUGUUUUAUUAUCGAGUAGCGGUUUUCGCAUGGAAGCAAGAGAUGAAAAUGUCAGGUCAGGAACUGCUAGGCACGCGAUGCAUGUCUUUUGGGUUGCAUUUUCGAAUGGAAGCAGGGAUCAACAAUUCUUAUGUCGUGUCUGAUCAAGAUUA